AUGGUGGAGAAGGAGCAAGAGAUUGCCGAGAAGGAGCGCGAGACAGAGGAGCCGGAGGAGAAGCUCAAGCCGACUGAUGACGAGAUGGAGCAGCAGGAGUCGACCAUCAAGCCGAUGCCUAAGAAGACCACCAACGGCAGUCACGAGUCGCCCGUCACCAACAAGCUGGCCACCGUCGAAGAGGCGCAGCGUGUCCGUCGUGCUCUUCACAACGUCGUCUGCCCGGAGACGAAACCGAAGAGUCUCUCCAUCCAGUACACCACCAAGGAGCAGUGCGACCGCUACUCGGCCGGCUUGGCCCCGGUGGCGGAGACGCGCAGCAUUGACCGGGAACGCCCGGUGAUUUCGCUGAAGCGUGACCCCGAGCCAGUCUCUUCUACGCCAUCAGCAUCCACCCGCAACAUCACAAUGCCCGGCGGAAGACAAACCCUCAAGAUUACCGUCGAGACGAAUGUGCGCGACAAUGAGAAUACGGCUGUACGGCACGUGGAAAGGGCUAGAGAGAAGGAACGGGAAAGGGACAGAGAUGCAAAGCGCGACUCGACAAGACGCAAACGCUCUGCCACAACGCCCCAUCGUCGUGAUGACGUCAAGCGAGAUCUCCGCGAGCGCAGCCGAAGCCGUCAAGUCGAUGUUGACGAGCCUCAUGCCAAGACCCUGGAGGGAUUGUUCAAGAAGACUGUCGCUCAGCCAGCCAUCUACUAUCUGCCGCUCACCGACGAGCAGGCCGCAAAACGUGCCGAAGAGAAGGCGACCGUGGAAAAGGCUCGUCAAGAGGAGCGUGAACGCCGUGAAAAGGAACGGGCUGGCCGCAGAAGAUCGCGCAGUCGUUGUCAACCCGGCGCAUCGUGUCGAAGAGUACCUGCCCGCCUCGAACGCGACGUGACUGCGUUUCUACAGCCGUCUGAUGAAGACGAGCAGAUGGCAGGCAGCUAUUUGAUCUGCAAUACUGGAGACGCGCGGAAAUUUUUGCCGACUGCCGUUUUUGGGCCGACUACGAGAAGCCGGCCAGUGUUGACGGAUCCGAGAAUCAGCACCGCCUCGGCCGUCGUUUUGCUGGUGCUGCUGGUCUUGUUGGAGAUGUGGACGGCUGGCAGCGAGAUGAUCGACACGGGACGGCAAAAGGCAAUGAAGCGGCACCUCGACCGUCGUUUUGUGUUGGGUGGUGGCUACGGUCUCUACAUCACAUACUAUCGAUUGACCGUCACCAGUCAGCAGCCACCAAUUACGACAGGUGUCCAUCAACAUGUUCAACUUGUUGUCGUCGUGAAGAACGGGGACAUGACGCAGUACGCCCUUGUACAACCAACGAUGCGCUGCUACGCGCACAUGCAUAAUUACACACUGCGUUCGGUACGUUUUCCC